AUGUUUUCUAACAAAUUAAGUGAAGGAUUCAGUCCUGAGUUAUCCACGAGUAGUCUUAUAACCUGCUCUGAGCACUAUAAUGGGAACAGUUUACUAGACAACUUCUCCCCCCAGGUAUACUAUACAGGGUGUCCCACUAAACAAGACAGUUUACUAGACAACUUCUCCCCCUGGGUAUACUAUACAGGGUGUCCCACUAAACAUGACAGUUUACUGGACAACUUCUCCCCCCAAGUAUACUAUGCAGGGUGUCCCACUAAACAUGACAGUUUACUAGACAACUUCUCCCCCCAGUCACCCAACAGUCCUGAAACCCCGGAAUGGUCUCUUAUUGCCAAUGGAGAUUCAUUUCAUAAGGAUAUAAAGAGAGGACGAGGGGACAGCCUGGAUACCUCUAGCAUAUCCAACCAGGACAAUAGAGUUAUCAUCACUAUAGGACAGAAUGAGGUUGCAACUGGUUUAAGUAGUCCUGGUACUAGUUCUGGUACUAUGACACCCCCUCAACCCUCCCAUACACCUCGAACCCAGGAGGCACGAUCUCCGGUUGAGCAGUCUCCUCCUCCCCUCCAACCCCCGUCUCCUCUUAGUAGUGAAGAAGAGAGUGAUCUAGAUAGUCUUCAUUCAUAUCAUCCACCAGUCAGAACUGUUGAUAUCCCGAGUGCUUAUCGUCUGGCGAAAAGAUUAUAUAACUUGGAAGGAUUCAGAAAAGGAGAUGUAUCCCGGCACUUGAGUAAAAAUAAUGAUUUCAGUAAAGCUGUCGCAGAUGAAUAUUGCAAGUCCUUUGAAUUUGCUGGUUUAAGCUUAGACGAGGCUUUGCGUACAUUCCUCUCCAGGUUCAGCCUUAUAGGAGAAACACAGGAACGAGAGAGAGUUCUUCUUCACUUCAGCAAGCGUUAUUUAGAGUCAAACUUUAAUCUUAGAGGACACUCUUUUCAAUCCCAUGAUGCUGUACAUACACUGACCUGUGCUAUAAUGCUGUUGAACACGGAUCUACAUAACACAAAUCUACAAUUAAGAAAAAUGUCCCCAAAGGAGUUUGUAGAGAACUUAGCUGAUCUCAACGACGGACAUAAUUUCCCUCCUGAUCUUCUCUUCAAUAUAUAUACAUCAAUUAAACGGGAACCUAUACAGUGGGUUCAGGAGGAGGAUGAAGAUGAAGAAGAUAUUUAUGAACCUGAACCUGAACGUCCUGAAUCCUCGGACAGGUCCCGCCCUCUGGACCGGCCACGCCCCUCACCUGUACUCCUGGCCAACUCUGUAAACCUGGGCGGGCAGCAGGUGGGCGGAGUCAAUCCCUUCCUCAACCUGCCAGACGAGGACAGUGUUGACUACAAGAGAGGUUUUGUCAUCAGGAAGUGUUGUGUUGAUGCUAACGGGAAGAAAACUAAGCUAGGAAAACGAGGAUGGAAAAUGUUCUAUUUAACUCUCAGAGAUCUUGUUCUUUUCUGUUUCAAGGAUGAACAAUCUGCUGGAAGUUAUGGAGCCUUUGAUAAUCCUAACAUUGCAAUCCGUAUUCAUCAUGCCAUUGCUUAUAGAGCUACAGAUUACAG